CUCUAUAUUUAGCCUGUGGAGUUAAAUUACAAACUCUUCAAGUGCGGCAAGCCACUGCGUUCUGCCUUUUCAGGCGAACCCGAGUAAAGUGAACGCUACCCGCUCCCUCUGCCUUCGCAGUUUCCUCACCAUGGACCCUCGGAAAGAAUCAAGGGAAGAAUCUCGGCUGUACCAAACCACGCUGCUGCAGGACGGACUGAAAAAUUUACUGGAUGAAAACAAAUUUGUGGAUUGUUCCCUGAAGGUGGGAAAUAAAUUAUUUCCCUGCCACCGACUAAUCCUGGCAGCUUGCAGCCCUUACUUCCGUGAGUAUUUCUUUUCAGAUGUAAGUGAGGAAAAGAAACGUGAGGUGGUUUUGGAAGAUGUCGAUGAAAGUGUCGUGGAUAUGAUCUUGAAGUAUCUGUAUUCCUCUGAGAUAGAACUGACCGAUGAGAACGUGCAAAAUAUUUUUGCUGCGUCCAGCCGCUUUCAGAUCCCCUCUGUUUUCACACUCUGUGUCACCUAUCUUCAAGAAAAGUUAUCUACUAGCAACUGUUUGGCGAUAUUCAGGCUAGGACUCCUUCUGGACUGUCCCCGGCUUGCUGUUGCUGCCCGUGAAUAUGCGUCCGCUCGUUUUGAACAAAUCUGUAAUGAUGAAGAUUUUAUGCAACUGGCUUCUCAUGAGCUUAUCAGCAUCAUUGCGAAUGACGCUUUAAACGUGGUGAAAGAAGAAACUGUAUUUGAAGCUGUAGUAAGAUGGGUCCGGAAGGACAAAGAGACCAGGGUCAAAAGUUUAGGAGAAAUCUUUGAUUGCAUUCGUUUUCGUCUCAUGACUGAGAAAUAUAUCAAAGACCAGGUCGAAAAAAAUGACAUUAUUAAGUCUAAUCCAGAUCUAUUGAAGAAGGUGCAGGUGAUUAAAGAUGCUUUUGGAGGAAAACUUCCCAAGCCUGAGGCAGGUAGUAACAAGAGCGCAAAGAAAGGAGAAGGCGGUGAAGAUCUAGCUAACGGCGAUGUAGGAGACGAAGAUCUGCUCCCUGGUUUUCUGAAUGACAUUCCCAGGCAUGGCAUGUUCGUCAAGGAAAUGAUCAUGUUAAUUAAUGACACAGUGGCGGUGGCAUAUGAUCCAAACCUAAAUCAAUGCUUUCUGGUUGCAGUGGGUGAUCAGAUCCCCAAAAACCAUGUUAGUUUGGUUACAAAGGGAAACCAAAUUUUUGUUGUCGGUGGGUUGUACGUGGAUGAAGAAGUUAAAGAACAGCCCUACCACUGCUAUUUCUAUCAGUUUGACAGUAUCGCUAGUGAAUGGAAUGGCUUGCCACCGCUGCCUUCAGCUAGAUGCCUCUUCGGUCUGGGAGAAACAGAAAACUUUCUUUAUGUGAUUGGUGGCAAGGAUCUUCCAAACGAGCAGUCAUUGGAUUCAGUAUUUUGCUACGAUAUGAACAAACUAAAAUGGAAUGAAUCCAAAGCAUUCCCGUUUAAGAUUUAUGGCCACUCUGUGGUUUCACAUAAUGGAUUAAUCUAUGUUAUUGGCGGGAAGACUGAUGACGCCAAAUGCAUCAACAAAUUGUUUGUCUACAAUCCCAAAAAAUCUGAGUGGAGGGAACUGCGAGCUAUGAAGACAGCACGUGCCAUGUUUGGAGCUGCUCUCCAUCAAAACAGAAUCUGGGUUGUUGGAGGAGUCACUGAUGACGGCCUGGCAGCUGCAGUUGAAGCAUAUGACAUAAUGAAUAAUAAAUGGGAAGUAAUGCCUGAAUUCCCACAAGAGAGAAGCUCCAUAAACGUCAUCAAUAUGGCUGGAUCACUUUACGCCAUUGGAGGUUUUGCUAUGAUUCAGUUAGAAAACAAAGAAUUUGCUCCCUCAGAAUUUGCUGAUGUGUGGAAAUAUGAAGAUGACAAAAAGGAAUGGAGUGGUCUGGUGAAGGAAAUUAAUUAUGCAACAGGAGCCACAUGUCUUGCUGUAACCCUCAACAUGUUCAGGCUUACCAAAUUGUAAUUAGUUCUAGCGUAAUUAAUAUUGCUGCUAAACAAAAGACAAAUAUAACUGGUAUGUGGUACCAACUGGAAUUAUUACUAUUAAAUGAGUCAGUCAGAGUUCAUUAUAAUGAGUUUAUACAAUACUGCUUUGUACUCGGUGGUCAAGAUGAUAUCAGAUAUACACUGAAGAGGUACAGAACAUAUGCAUGCUGUAGAAGCUGAAAGCACAUAAAAUGCUAAGAUUUUUUGCAAUGCAAUACAAUGAGCUGAGUAAUUAACUAUUAGUAUUAACUUAAAAAUAGAAAAUUCAACCCAUUCUCUCAUUUUGCUUAUUAGUUUCAUCAGCCUUGACAUUGCUUAAAAUAUAAAAUUCAGAGAUUCAAAAGGUUUCUCUUAAAAAAAAAUUACUACAUUUUCUCCUAUUAUUUGAGAAUUCCCUUGAUUAAAGUCUAUGUUCUUUAAAAAAAUAAUUACCCUCCAGUACAUUAUUCUAACACUUUACAGAAAUUUCACAUGAGAUAUUUCAUAUUCAGUAUGGUAAACCUCUAAUCUUGGUGCUUUGCACUAAUGUAGGAUACAUUCCUUAAAUAUUAUCCUUACUUGUGGUACUUUUUUAAAAUACUGGUUUUGAAUUUCUAAUUUUUUGACAGUUGAAUUGGGAUUUAGAAAUAGUAAAAAUUAACAACACAAGAACAAAUCUGCUUUAUUACAAUAUUCAAUACAUUUCCACAGCUGAUCUUUCAAUAACCAUUUUUGUUAAAAUUUAGUUCAUGACUUCAAGAUUCUUUUGUAAAUAUCUUUUGUUUGAGAUAUUCUACCCAUGCAUCCUUUGUGGAUAAUUCCAUGGAAUUCCAUUGAAAAUGGGGGAUCUAUAAAGAGAUUCAAAAAAGGCAAAAUUUGUGAGGUUGCACUGCAAGAAAUAAAAGUACAAACUACAGCAAUAUUUAAAAAAAAAGGAUCAUUUGAAAUUGAGAAGUUAGAGGACAACUUUGUUUUUAUCAUUUAUUGGUGAAGCUUUGUUUCAGAUUUUAAAUAAAAAGCAAUACAUUUCAAAACAAAAA